AUGCCAUCUUAUGAUGCCGCCAAGCAGUCCGAAGUCUUGUCCCCUUCCGACCUGCUGGGUUCUUUGGAGAACUACACGGAUGUCGUCUCUUGGAUUAACGACAUAAUCGAUACUGGGGAUGCGGCGGACGAGACGCAGCCCAUGAAGCUUACGGACUUGGACCAACGCGUGUCCCGCCUGGUGGGCACGCUCGAGAUCGCCAGCGAAGACACCUCCGCGCAAGUGGAGCGGAUCAUCGAAGAGAUUUCCAGGGGAGCUUCUCGUCUGAUUCACGACCUCCACUUCAUGCGUGAAGGAGCGCUGUCCCUGCAAGGCCUGCUGCACGAGGUCGACUCCAAGUCGAAAGCCUCCUCGGACGCAGAGACGAGCGCCGCCCUCGAUCGGUUGCACUUUCUGGACACCGUGCGGAAGAAUAUGGAGGCUGCGCGUGCGGUGUUGCGUGAGGCGGAGAGCUGGGGUUCGCUCGAGAGCGACGUGACGUCCCUGCUAAGCGAGAAAAACUACGAGAAGGCUGCGGAGCGGCUUUCUGAGGCAAGCAAGAGCAUGGUCGUGUUCGCGAACACCCCCGAGUACGAGAGCCGACGCACGUUGAUGGUCAGUCUGCAGAACCAGCUGGAGGCGGCCCUGAGCUCUGCACUCGUGGCAGCCGUCACCUCGCAGGACGUCGCGGUGUGUCGAAACUAUUUUGCCAUCUUCAGGAACAUCCAGCGGGAAGCAGAGUUCCGCAACUAUUACUAUGGCUCACGCCGUGGACCCCUCGUGGAGACAUGGCAAGGCGCACGGCUACGCGACUGUGACGGGACGGCCCCAGCUGACAAUAAUGCUUUGGCGUUCUCUGCAUUCCUCACGAGCUUCUACACUUCUUUCCUGUCUAUUCUACAGACUGAACGUACGUCCAUACCCGCCAUCUUCCCAGAUCCUCAACCGACACUUUCCGCCUUGAUUACCUCGACGCUUUCUGCUCUACAGCCAAGUUUCUCCGAACGCCUCUCCGCCCUCGCAACCUAUUACGGUCCAGCGACGCUCACACAGCUCAUCGCCGCCUUUCGAGCGACAGAAGAAUUCGGAGUGACGGCUGAGAAGAUCUUUGAGAAAAUCGGAUAUUCUGCUAUUCUCGCCAACUCCGACAACUCCUCUCAACCUCGUACACGACUUCGCCGUCGCUCGUCUGUGCGCAUGUCGAUGUCGAUGUCUCAGCGUCCAGGCUCGCAUCGUGGUUCGAUCAGCGGUGUCGUGCCAACCGAGGCGGUUCCUGCCGUAACUAUCCCGGUGCUCGAGUGGGAUCAAGAGCUUUUUGCUCCGUUCGCAGACUUUCAGGCCGAUUAUGGGUUGCUCGAGCGGCGUUUCCUAGAUGACGUGCUCGCCAACGCAAUGCGCACUGCUCCUCGCGCGAGUAGCGAUCGCGCACGGAUCUUGCGCGAGCGGUCAGUGGAUGUUUUCGGUGCUGCAGAAGAUGCUCUUGGUCGCUAUGCAGCCUUCACCCAUGGAUAUGGCGCCGAGGGUCUACUGCAAGCCGUGGACCACCUGGUCUCCGCGUUCGCAGAUGCAUCGCGUGCAGAGAUCGCUGGACGGCGGGGUGCAUUUGGCACCUCGGGAUCGCUAACACCGUCGUUGUCGGGUGAAGACUUCUCUGACAUGGAUUACGCUGCUGAAGACUGGGCUGAGAUCCAGGCGCUUCUGCAUCUCCUCGAGGCCGUGCGUGCGCUGCAGGAUCGGACGCUCGCCUUCGAGACGAAGUUACGGUCCAGUCUUAUUCAGGUGUCAGGUACUCUUCGUGCAGCCAGGACAGAGCCAGGAACACUACAGAUUAGUGGGACGACUCGCGGAGCUAUGCAGCUCCUCGCUCAGUCAUCGCUGAACUCUGCGAGCCUGCACGUACUUUUGGAUAGUGUUGAUCCGGAGUCAGCUUCGCAGCCUCAAUUUCGGAGUGAUGCUCUGCUCGCUCCCGCACCUCCUUCGCCAGAUCCGCGCAGAUCAUCAUACGCACUUCCCCUGCCAAGUCCUCCAGCAAGUGCGCCUCCACUUCUCAACGGUGCUCGGACUGCGAUUGCCGAGCUCGCCAAGGCUUGUCAGGUGGCUCUGCAGGACACGAUCCUAUCACCGCUGCACAAACACCUUGCAUCUUAUGCAUCUUCCCCCCUGUGGUCAUCCGCAAGCGACACACGACCAAAGCGCGCCACGACCGGCAGCGCGGUGAGCGAGGUGCAAGUCCCGACGUUCUCUCGAUCCUCCAGCGAAACAAUCCAGCGCGUGGCAGAAGGCCUGCUCAAUCUUCCCCGCUUAUUCGAGGUGUACGCGGACGACGACGCGCUCGCGUUCUCGCUCUCCACGCUCCCCCACAUUGGUCCCGUGUUCCUCCGCGCUCUGGCGGAGCCUGUUCCGCAGGAGCCAUCCGGCUCCCCUUCGAUGCAGCACACUCGCCGCUCGCCCUCGCUUGCACUGCAGAAGAAUCCUCUCGUUGCUGCACCUGCGCAGGCGUCGUUGCGCUUCCUGCCAGAGGCUGUUACUGCGGUGUGGCUCGCAUCGCUCGGGCGCACGCUGCUUGCCCACCUUACUGGCGACGUGCUUCCGAGCAUCCGCAUGCUGACUCCCGCAGGCGCAGCGCAGCUUGCAGCGGACCUAGGAUAUCUGGGCAACAUCGCGGAAGCGCUCAAUGUGGAGUGGUUGCCGCUCAGCAGGUGGAGGAUGUUCGUGGAGAUGGAGGACGCAGAUGGCCGGAAGAAGACGAAGGACAGCGGUAAGUCUCAGGUAGGCGACAAAGUCAGGGAUGGUGAGAAAGUGGCCGAAGAGACCGAUGACGAGGAUGAUGAAGGAGAGUCGGAAGACCAAGUGCUAGCAACUGUGGCAAAAUUGAGAGGCUGGCCCAUGUAG